GCUCGUGCGCCGUACGGAAGUGUGUUUAGGCACACCGGAAGCCGCCGGAAGAGAGCGAUGGCGGGCUUGCCUGUGAGAGAUACUGCGGUGGAUCGUUCUCUACGUUCUGUGUUUGUGGGGAAUAUUCCUUAUGAAGCUACUGAAGAGCAACUGAAGGACAUUUUUUCUGAGGUUGGACCUGUUGUUAGUUUCAGAUUGGUAUAUGAUAGGGAGACAGGAAAGCCAAAAGGUUAUGGCUUCUGUGAAUAUCAAGACCAAGAGACGGCACUUAGUGCCAUGCGGAACCUGAAUGGGCGUGAAUUCAGUGGGAGAGCGCUUCGAGUGGACAAUGCUGCCAGUGAAAAGAAUAAAGAAGAGUUGAAGAGUCUUGGCACUGGUGCCCCUGUCAUUGAGUCACCUUAUGGAGAGACCAUCAGUCCUGAGGAUGCCCCUGAAUCCAUUAGCAAAGCAGUUGCCAGUCUUCCACCAGAGCAAAUGUUUGAACUGAUGAAACAAAUGAAGCUCUGUGUCCAGAAUAGUCCCCAGGAAGCACGGAACAUGUUGCUUCAGAACCCUCAGCUGGCCUAUGCUUUGUUACAAGCACAGGUAGUGAUGAGAAUUGUGGAUCCAGAGAUUGCCCUGAAAAUUCUGCAUCGCCAGACAAAUAUCCCAACAUUGAUUGCAGGCAGCUCUCAGCCAGUCCAUGGUGCUGGACCUGGAUCAGCAACCAAUGUAUCAAUGAACCAGCAGAAUCCUCAACCCCCUCAGGCACAGUCUUUGGGUGGCAUGCACAUCAAUGGUGCACCUACUCUGAUGCAAGCUUCUAUGCAGAGUGGAGUUCCAGCACCAGGGCAAAUAGCAGCUGCUGUCACAGGACCUGGCCCAGGUUCCUUAGCUCCUGGAGGAGGACUGCAGACCCAGGUUGGAAUGCCAGGAAGUGGAUCUGUAUCCAUGGAACGGGGACAGGGAACCCUACAGCACUCGCCCGUGGGACCCGCCGGGCCUGCUUCAAUUGAGCGAGUUCAAGGGCAGAGAACAUGGAUGAUAUGGGCAUCUGUCCGAGGCUGUACUCCCUCCCUACUGGUGUCAGGAGGCUUGGAUGGAAUAGCAGUCUGUAAGGAGACAGCGGUGCCGCUGCAAGACCCCAGGGCAGCCAUGCAGCGGGGACCCUUGCCUGCCAACGUCCCAACUCCUCGAGGUCUCUUAGGAGAUGCUCCAAAUGACCCACGGGGAGGCACUUUACUUUCUGUAACUGGAGAAGUAGAGCCCAGAGGUUACCUAGGACCACCUCAUCAGGGCCCACCCACCCACCAUGUCCCUGGCCAUGAGGGCCGGGGACCACCCCCACAUGAUAUGAGGGGAGGGCCACUAGCUGAGCCCAGACCUCUAAUGGCAGAGCCCAGAGGACCCAUGCUAGAUCAGAGGGGCCCACCCUUGGAUGGCAGAGGUGGAAGAGAUCCCCGAGGAAUAGAUGCACGAGGGAUGGAGGCCCGAGCCAUGGAGGCAAGAGGAUUAGAUGCCAGAGGAUUGGAGGCCCGUGCAAUGGAAGCCCGCGCGAUGGAGGCCCGCGCAAUGGAGGCCCGUGCGAUGGAGGCCCGUGCAAUGGAGGCCCGCGCGAUGGAGGCCAGAGGCAUGGAUACCAGAGGCCCAGUCCCUGGCCCUAUGGGACCUAUACCUAGUGGCAUCCAGGGUCCCAGUCCAAUUCCUAUGGGGCCAGUUGGCCCCCAGGGAUCCAGACCGGUCCCAGUCAUGCAGGGAACAGGCAUGCAAGGAGCAGGCAUGCAAGGAGCAGGCAUGCAGGGAGGAAACCAGCCUGGCGGCUUUAGUCCUGGACAGAACCAAGUCACACCACAGGAUCACGAAAAGGCUGCUUUGAUCAUGCAGGUUCUUCAGCUGACUGCAGACCAGAUUGCCAUGCUGCCUCCUGAGCAAAGGCAGAGUAUCCUGAUCUUAAAGGAACAAAUACAGAAAUCUACUGGAGCUCCUUGAAAGGUCUGCAAAAAUACCUGGCAACAAAUCUGGAAAUUAUUUCCUUAGCUUUGUUGAAAUGUCAAAAAAAGAUGACUUCUGCAUCCUAACCCUCAAAUGACUCAAAUCGGUGCCAGGUGGAGGACUCCCAUCACCUUUCAGAACAAAAUCAGUUCAUUUUGUUGUCUUAGUUUGUAUAUUUUCUGUGACUUGAAAUAAACUUUGAACACAAUUUUAGUACACUGCAAAUUAAUCUACAUGACCUUUUUGCUUUUAAAAAUUUGAACACCAAGGGUGAAACCUUAGAUGUGUUUUCUACCCUUAUGCAGUAUUGUACUUCAAUGUUUUAUUGCCAUAGUUCUGUUUUUACUUUAGGUUAACAAUUUAUUCUUUUUGAUGAUAUCUGAGAAUUUCUCAGAAGCAAUGUUUUCUGAAACUUAGUUUUUGUUCAUUUUGCUUCCAACAAGAAUAAGGUGGCUUUGCCCUUUGAAAACUUUCUAGUACUUCUGAGUCCUCUGUGAUAAAAGAGCACGUGCUGUAAAAUGGUCAGAAAGCCAACAAAGCAAAAGCCUAGCACAAAUAGUGUGUUUAGUUUAGAAAAAUCCAAAUGUCAAAAUGCAUUUUCUGUCAGUAGUAGACCUGAACAUGCAUAGUUCAGAGUAAAGACAGAUUGUGUUAGCACUAAUUUGAGUGUGUUAACAACACAGGAGACUUGAUAUUUACUUGUCGGUUCUAAAACUCUUCAUUCUAGGUAGUCAACCUUAACACUGUUAAAAAGCCACUAAUUUUUUGUAUGUUCAAGAUGAAACAAAUUAAGUGAACAAAAUACAUUUCAUCCUAUCUUUCAGGAAAUCACUAAUCUGCAGCCCUACCUGAUAAGGCAAAUUUAUUCUGAAAACUUAAAACAUAUGAAAACUAGACUUUUACAUUCUUCUUAGUUACUUUAAGAGGACCAAAUAUAGAGCACAAGCAGUCAGAUUGCCCACUAGGUCUGCCCCUGCUUGCUUCCUUACAGAUAGGUAUGAACAUAAUUAGUGCCACUCGCUCUAACCUAUAGGCCUUCCUGCCUAGCUCUCUCAUAGUGGCAUUAAGGAGGAACAUGGUUUCUCUCCGUCAGGCCAACCUCAAGAGGUUAAGAGUUGCCUUAAUAAUUAGUAAAGUUCUACUGGAACUACUAUUGAGCCUAUUUAUAUUCUCAGAAUCCUACCCCCUUGGGUUAGGAUUAUGGUCAGGUGAAUUAAAAGCCUGGCAUGGGCUUAGAGAAUGUAAUAGCAUAUUGCUUACAUGUCAAGCAAAAGAAUGCAAAGAUAAUCGACUUCAUGAGAGACAUUGAAAUUGAGGGAUUUUCUACUCAUAAACAUUUACAAUUAAGUUUGCUAGAUAAGAUAUUUUCUAUUACAACCUAGCAAAAACUUGCUCAAAACAGCUGAGGAGCUUUCUGGGUAUCCUGCUCAUCCCCGAUUCAGCUUGGAUAUUGAUUAUGCAUAUGUUUUAUUAUUUUCAACUUUUUGCCUACUUCCAUGAAUAUUAAGGCCUUGAUAUGUUGAUUUUGGCAGCUGCCAUAACUUGAAAUGUUGAUAUAUUUAGACAUUGAGAUUAAGAAUAAAGCCUUUCUCAUCAGGAGUAAGUUCCAAGGAGCACUAAGAUUGCAUAUUAAAGCCUUUCAAGAUGAAGUUAUUGUUUGAGUCAGCAGUUGUCUAAUAGGACAACUUCAAGGUUCUAUUGUGCAUUUUCCCAAAGCCUUAUCAAGUAAAUUAGAUAGCUGAAAUCCAGGUGAACAAAUUGGCAAUAGUGGUGGUAUACCAAUCUGUCCCUACAGAAACAUAUAUUGGACCUCUUUUUAUUAUUAUGGUGUAAUAAACAACUACCAUGAGUUCAUGAGCUACCUUAAUUAUGUACAGAACAGUGACUGAAAAAAAUAUUCUAAUCCUUCAAGCCAUAGAGAUUCCUGAAUGAUCAGAAACAACCAUUUGUUCAUUCUUAGUCACUUAAUGAUAGAAAAAUAGGUUCUAUAAUGCUAAUUCAGCAGAAACAGUCUUAGAAAUUUAUAAGUGGAAUU